AAGAGUAGCAGAUCCAUGGGGCGACCUGAAACUUUCAAUGUUGCUGUGACUUCUGACCCCCUAAUAUAUUUGACCUGCACUGCAUCCAGUGAGGCUGGGGACCUGCUGAAACCAGUGGAUGAUGUUCUUCAGAGAGUCAAGGACCAGCACAAAACCAACAUGAAGAACAAGUGUGAGAGAUUAAUUGAGGGAAUCAAACUCCAGGAGAAUGAAAGCCUCCUGAACAGGAUCUACACACAGCUCUACAUCAUAGAGGGAGAGAGAGAAGGAGUGAAUGAAGAACAUGAGGUUUUACAGAUGGAGAAAACAGCCAGAACACAACACUCACAAGACACUCCAAUCUACUGCAAUGACAUCUUUAAAGCCUCCGAGGAGAAGAAGAUGAAAAUCAAGACUGUUCUUACUAAAGGCAUCGCUGGAAUCGGAAAAACCGUCUCUGUGCAGAAGUUCAUUCUGGACUGGGCCGAGGGAAAAGCCAAUCAGGAUGUAGAUUUCAUGUUUGUGCUUCCAUUUCGAGAGCUGAACUUGAUCCGAGAUCAUCAGUACAGUCUUCACAGACUUCUGCUGGACUUUCAUCCUGAACUUCAAGAUCUGGACUCAAAGAUUUAUGAGGAGUGUAGAGUUGUGUUCAUCUUUGAUGGUCUGGAUGAAAGCAGAAUCACACUGAUGUUUUCAGACGCUCAUAAAGUUUGUGAUGUGACUGAGACUUCAUCAGUGGCUGUGUUGAUGUCAAAGCUCAUGAAAGGAGAGCUGCUUCCCUCUGCUCUCAUCUGGAUCACCUCCAGACCAGCAGCAGCCAAUCAGAUCCCCUCCAAAUACAUCCACCGUCUGACAAAAAUUCAGGGAUUCACUGAGCCUCAGAAGGAGGAAUAUUUCAGGAAGAGAAUCAGUGAUGAGCAUCAAGCCAGCAGAAUCAUCUCACACAUCAGAAGAGCAAGAAGCCUCCACAUCAUGUGCCACAUCCCCGUCUUCUGCUGGAUCUCAUCCACUGUGCUUCAGAAGCUCCUGGAAGAAGAUCUGAGAGCAGAAAUCCCUCAAACUCUGACUGAAAUGUACAUCCACUUCCUGCUGGUUCAGAUCAACAUGAGCAAGCAGAAGUAUGAAGAGAGAGAUCCAGAGAAACUCCUGCCGUCCAACAGAGAAGUGAUUGUGAAACUUGCUGAAGUGGCUUUCAAACAGCUGAUGAAGGGCAAUGUGAUGUUCUAUGAGGAGGACCUGAUUGAGAGCAGCAUAGACGUCACUGAUGCCUCAGUGUAUUCUGGGAUCUGCACUGAGAUCUUUAAGCAGGAAUCUGUGAUUCAUCAGAGGAAAGUCUACAGCUUCAUUCAUCUGAGCGUUCAGGAGUUUCUCGCGUCUUUCUAUCUGUUUUACUGCUGUUUAACAAAGAACAAGGAGCCACUGCAUGAAUUCAGACCGGCACUGGAUGCAGGAAGGAAGGAGCAAUCUAACAGAUCUGAAGAAGACUCUCUGUAUGAUCUACUUACAUCAGCAGUAGAUAAAACUCUUGAGAGUAAGAAUGGAUGUCUGGAUCUGUUCCUGCGGUUCCUGCUGGGCGUCUCACUGGAGUCCAAUCAGAGACUCUUGCAGGAUCUACUGACACACACACAGAACAGCUCAGAGACCAUCAGGAAAAUUAUUGCUUAUAUCAAAGACAAAAUCAAAGUCAUGAGGACUGCUCCAUACAACAUGUCUACUGAAAAAUCCAUCAAUCUGUUCCUCUGUCUGCUGGAAGUUAAAGAUCAGACUCUGUCCAGAGAGAUUCAGGAGUUUGUGAAAUCAGCCAAACAUUCAAAAACUGAUGUCUCUGCUGCUCGCUGCGCAACAAUCUCCUACAUGCUUCAGAUGUCAGAGGAGACACUGGAUGAACUGAACCUCAAGAAGUACAAUACAUCAGACGAGGGGAGAAGAAGACUGAUACCAGCUGUGAUCAACUGCAGAAAAGCCUUACUUGCUGGCUGUAAUCUCACUGCUCAGCAUUGUGAAAUUGUGUCAUCAGCUCUACAAUCCUCAAACACUGUCAUGAGAGAGCUGGAUCUGAGUAACAAUGACCUGCAGGACUCUGGUGUGGAGCUUCUUUUUAAUGGACUGAAGAGACCGAACUCUCAGUUGGGGAUACUGAGAUUGGGGCUCUGUAAGCUCACUGCUCAGUGUUGUGAGAGAUUGUCAUCUGCUCUUCAAUCAUCAAACUGUGUCCUGAGAGAGCUGGAUCUGAGUUACAAUGACCUGCAGGACUCUGGUGUGGAGAUUCUUUCUGGUGCACUGAAGAGUCCAAAUUGUAAAUUGAACAUAUUGAGAUUGGCCAUGUGUAAAUUCACUGGUCGUUCAUGUGAAACUGUGUCAUCAGUUCUACAAUCUUCAUACUGUGUUCUGAGAGAGCUGGAUCUGAGUAACAAUGACCUGCAGGAUUCAGGAGUGAAGCUGCUUUCUGAUGGACUGAAGAGUCCAAACUGUCAGCUGCAGAUACUGAGGUUGUCUGGCUGUAUGGUGACAGAGGAAGGCUGUGGUUAUUUGUCUUCAGCUCUGAGUUCAAACCCCUCACACCUGAGGGAGCUGGAUCUGAGCUACAAUCACCCAGGACAAUCAGGAGUCCAGCUGCUCAACCGCAAACUGCAGAAUACAAACUGCUCACUACAAACUGAUGUGGAGUGUGGUGGAGAGAUCAGGAUAAGAGCAGGGCUGCAAAAAUAUGCCUGUGAUCUCACACUGGAUCCAAACACAGCAAACAUAUAUCUAGUCCUGUCUAAGGACAACAGAAAGGUGGAACAUAUGAAAGAUCAUCAGCCGUAUCCUGACCAUCCUGACAGAUUUGAGCACUAUCUUCAGGUUCUGUGUGAAGAGAGUCUGACUGGACGCUGUUACUGGGAGGCUGAAUGGAGUGGAGAGGAGGCUAAUAUAUCAGUCACAUAUAAAGGAAUCAGCAGGAAAGGAAGGAGCAAUGAAUGUGUUUUGGGGUACAAUGAAAAGUCCUGGAGGUUAGAGUGCAAACAUGAUAAAUUUACAUCCUGGCACAAGUUCAACAGCACCGUCUUACCCGUCCCUUCACGCCCCUCUAAUAGAGUAGGAGUGUAUGUGGACGUCUCGGCCGGCUCUCUGUCCUUCUACAGCGUCUCUGACACACACACACUCACACACUUACACACAUAUAACACCACAUUCACUGAACCCCUCUACGCUGGAUUUAGCCUUUCUAAAUGUUUGGUGCUUCUGUGCCAAAUCAAAUAAUCUCUAAUAAGCUCAAAUCAGCACUGUUUUGUAUGAACUUCUGUAUGAACUUUACAAAUUAUCUCACAAACAACCAGAUGAAUUAUGAGAUUCUUUGGGCAGCAUAGUCAAAUUGUUAGAGUAUAAUGGUAGAUUCACAACUUAAAAGAGCCAUAAAAUAAAAUAAAGAGGUGUCAGCUGCACAUAGAUU